UCUCUUCUCCCACGUUGUUGUCAACAUGAAAACCCUCGCAGUACUCUUAUUCGCACUUUCCCUCAAUCUCCUUCCCAACCCAACUCACUCUACGUUCAAUCCCAUCCGCCUUCCCACCGCCGACGACACUCCGGUGCUGGACACCGACGGAGACGAGCUCCGGGCCGGCGGAGUUUACAUCAUAGCCUCCGGCCCAGUUGAAGUGUCACUUUCUCGUAUAAGGGCGAGCACAUGCCCAAACGUCGUCUCCAUAGCGUCCUUCAGCCGCGGCGUUCCGGUCACGAUCACGCCGGCGGACCCGAACGCCACCGUCAUCUCGCCGUCAACUUACCUGAGCUUCAGUUUCAACAACGUCUGUGCAAAAAAGCUGUAUUGGUUGGUUGAUAGGUACCCUGAAAGUGAAACCAAGUCCCCAUAUUUCGUGAACGCCGGCGACUUUUUGCCGAACAAUAGCAACCAGUUCAAGAUUGAAGCGGAACCCAAUUCCAACCGUAACGCUUACAAAAUCACUUAUUGUCACUUCGGGAGCGAUGAAUGCAACAACGUGAGUUCAAGGUUCUACGCAUGGUUGAGGAGUAGUCGUUUGGUUCUGAGUGAUAAACCCUUCGUUGUUGUGUUUAAGAAAGCUAAUAACUAGCUACCUAGUACGUGAUGUGUAACGUUGUAACGUGUGUAAGAAUAAGCAUGCAAU